GGUAUGAAAACAAGAUGUCUGGCAAGAAGAAGAGAGGCUCUAAGUCGAGGUAUUUCUGUAGUCCUAGCGCCCAGAAUGGAAAGAAAAACACUUCAGACUAUUGCAGUGACAGGAAGCUCUUACCUAGAAUCAAACAGUACCUAGAGGAGUGCUCAGACAAUGUAGUUGACAUUGAUGAUAUGGCCGUUACCCUCCAAGCUGAGUACCCCGAGUACACAAGGAAGAAACGACUUCCCUUUAGAGCUGUCGUCGCUAAAGCCUACUCCACAAUCCCCGCUAAUGAUGGCUGCGCUGUUACUGAUGAGCAAGGUCCUGAUGAGUGGCUUGAGAGAAGGGAGAGGGAACAUAUGCUGAGGAGGUUAAAUGGUGCAACAUUCGACGGAGAGGAACCUUUGUCUGGUGAGAGUGAAUCGAGCUACUCUGACAGUGAAGCUGAAAUGGAAGUUACUGAUAACUUCAACAUGAUGAAUAACUCCAUCAUCCAGCUGUACGGCUCAAACGCUGGCACACCCCAAACAUCAACCAAUGAGCGUCCAGAUCACAUGCAACUCUCGCCAGAUCAGGUGACCUCCACAUCUCAGCCGCAAAAUGUCGUUAUGGCCCCGGCACAGUCAGCAGAACAUUCAUUAAUAGCUAAUAAAACAGAAGUUUUACAUGUACCUAAAGCAGAAGAUGCGAAUCACACUCUUUCUGGAAUAUCCGAAGUUUUGACUGUUCAAGAUCCCAAUCUCAGAAUUGGCUCUAUUUCAAAACCUACAGUUCCAAAUGACAAAGAGAAAAGUUUUGCUAAGCCCAAGUCUGAGCCUAGAAUGAAAAGAGGUCGAAGGUCACUGGAUGAAAUUGCAGACGGUGACAGGCCCAGGAGAAAGCGAGCUAAAGCCAAAGGUGAAAGUUCAAACAAGGACCCCACCUCUGUGGUACAGGGGGAGCUGGAGGAGAAACACAAACAAAAUUUCAAAGUGUCAACGUCAUCAGUCAGUUUCUCAGAUGUGGGUGGUUGUGGGGGUGUGCUUGAGGAGGUGUGUCGUCUCCUGCUGCACCUGCGUCACCCCGAGCUAUUCUCCCGUCUUGGAGUCCGUCCCCCUCAGGGCUUCCUGCUCCAUGGACCUCCUGGCUGUGGGAAGACACUGCUGGCACACGCCAUUGCUGGGGAGCUUGGACUUCCAUUCAUCAAGCUGGCAGCCACUGAGGUGGUGAGUGGUGUGUCUGGAGAGUCAGAGGCUACUCUAAGAGACCUCUUCCAACUGGCAAAGGAGCAUGCACCAUGUGUGCUGUUCGUGGAUGAAGUGGACGCCAUUUGCCCCAAGAGAGAAACUGCUCAUAGGGAAAUGGAGAGGAGGAUUGUCACUCAACUACUGGCCAGUUUAGAUGACCUUAACCAGAGUGAUGAUGGUAGGCAGGUGUUGGUGAUUGGAGCCACUAGUCGUGUAGACACUCUGGACCCAGCACUGCGGAGGUCUGGCCGGUUUGACAGGGAGGUGUGUCUAGGCAUACCCAGUCUACAGGGGAGAGAGAGUAUUCUUCGUCUCCAUUGCUCUACCCUGCGACUAGAGGAGGACUUCAACUACACGCUUGUCUCGCAGGCCUGCCCCGGGUUUGUGGGGGCUGACCUUGUUGCUCUCGUCAGGGAGGCUUCUCUCUGUGCUAUCAACAGGGUGCUGACGUUGAGCCAGCUGGCUGAGACCACACCCACAAAUGGGGCACCAGGGCUGCUGGGUAUUAUCAAGAAUGCAUCCCCUUUCCCAGACUCAAUGCUAGCGGCUACUUACAUCACACAGAGUGAUUUCAAUGAGGCUCUGAAGAGUGUCCAACCAUCUGCCAAGAGGGAGGGGUUUGUCACUGUCCCGGACACCACUUGGGAGGAUGUGGGGGCUCUAGAGGACGUACGGGACGAGCUCACCAUGGCGAUACUUGCACCUGUUCGUUAUCCGGAUCAGUUUGCACAGCUCGGACUCACCUCUCCACCGGGCGUACUGUUAGCCGGACCCCCAGGCUGUGGGAAAACACUACUGGCAAAGGCAAUAGCAAAUGAGACAGGCAUCAACUUCAUAUCAGUCAAGGGACCUGAGCUGCUAAACAUGUACGUGGGUGAGAGUGAGAGAGCUGUUCGGCAGGUGUUUCAACGAGCACGAAACUCCGCCCCCUGUGUUAUCUUCUUUGAUGAGUUGGAUGCACUUUGUCCUAAGCGUUCAGAUAUGGCAGAGGUGGGUCACAUGACUUCCUUACACACACGAUUACCCCCUUGCCACGCACACGCACAGAGUAACGCCAGUGCUCGUGUUGUAAACCAGCUGCUUACAGAAAUGGAUGGCCUGGAAUCGAGAAAACAAGUGUUCGUAAUGGGAGCCACAAACAGGCCAGAUAUCAUAGACCCUGCCGUACUCAGGCCUGGUCGCUUGGACAAAAUAUUGUAUGUCGGGUUACCAACGGCCAAAGACAGAGAAGCCAUUCUCAAAACCAUCACUAAAGGUGGGACCAGGCCUCGACUUUCCUCUGAUGUCGACCUAGGUCAGCUGGCCAGCGAUGACUUCUGCAAAGGUUUCAGUGGUGCAGACUUGAGUGCAUUGGUGAGAGAAGCCGCCAUUGUAGCACUAAGACAGCACAUGAAACUGGGGUCUGCUAUUCUCCCUAACAUAGCUCCAUACAUCAAUCCCAAUAUGGCUGUUUGGAUGAGCCAUUUCAAAGCUGCUCUCACCAAAUUCAGGCCAUCUGUGUCUGCUAAGGGAUUGAGGUCACAGUAUUUCCUGUUGUUUUGGCCCAUUAUUUCAGGACUGUUGUUUCCCUCCACGCAGGACUGCCUCUUUUAUCAACAAAUGGCUGCAAGGUUUACUGUUAUUGAAGACCCACCAAGGAUAUAGGUGGCAACUGUUAACUCCCUAAAUGGAGACUGUUGAUAUUCCAUAUAGGUGUUUUAUCACUUGUAUCACUUGAUUAGACUUCAUUAUGUUCUGUAAUUGUACAGUGAAUGUCAAUCAUUUCUCUAUUUUCUA